AAAUAGCCAGUGAGCUGCCAGGUCCGGUAGCGAUGCCUGGAGGAGUUGGGAGUGGCCAGGUGAGAAUGGCAGGUGCCGUGUCAGGCCGCGGUGGGAAGAGGAGAUCAGGCGGAAUGGACUUUGAUGAUGAGGAUGGUGAGGGACCCAGCAAAUUUUCAAGAGAGAACCACAGUGAGAUUGAACGACGCCGGCGUAACAAAAUGACCCAGUACAUCACUGAGCUGUCAGACAUGGUCCCUACCUGUAGUGCCCUGGCCCGAAAGCCCGAUAAGCUAACCAUACUACGUAUGGCAGUCUCCCAUAUGAAGUCCAUGCGGGGGACAGGCAACACUUCUACUGAUGGGGCGUACAAGCCCUCUUUUCUCACUGAACAGGAACUGAAGCACCUGAUUCUGGAAGCAGCAGAUGGCUUCUUGUUUGUGGUGGCGGCAGAGACUGGCCGAGUCAUCUAUGUGUCGGAUUCUGUGACUCCAGUGCUGAACCAUCCCCAGUCAGAGUGGCUUGGCAGUACCCUGUAUGAGCAGGUUCACCCAGACGAUGUGGACAAGUUGAGAGAACAACUCAGCACUUCAGAAAACUCAAUGACAGGACGAAUUCUGGACCUGAAGACGGGGACCGUAAAGAAGGAAGGGCAGCAGUCUUCCAUGAGGAUGUGUAUGGGCUCCAGGCGCUCCUUUAUCUGCCGCAUGAGGUGUGGAAGUGCGCCACUGGAUCACAUCUCCCUAAAUCGUCUGUCUAACAUGAGAAAAAGAUACAGGAACGGCUUGGGACCAUCCAAAGAAGGAGAGGCUCAGUACUCUGUGGUGCAUUGCACUGGGUACAUCAAAGCCUGGCCCCCUGCAGGCAUGACCAUACCAGAAGAGGAUUCAGAGGCGGGUCAGACAGGAAAAUACUGCCUGGUGGCCAUUGGGAGACUGCAGGUAACCAGCUCUCCAGUCUCCAUGGAUAUGAAUGGCCUGUCAGUUCCAACAGAGUUCCUCUCACGUCACAACUCGGAUGGUGUCAUCACGUUUGUUGAUCCACGGUGCAUUAACGUCAUUGGUUAUCAACCUCAGGUAAGCUCUUUAGGAUUUCACAACUUCCUUCUUGUAGAAGAUGCUGUGUUGCUCCUUCAGAUUUUCAGAAACUUUGUUAGAGAAUGCUGACUGGUACAGUCAAAACUGGUUAUUUUCUUUGGUCAUUAAAAAAGCCGCUAACACUG